AUGCUGUUCCUAUCAGUCCUCACCACCAUCGCCGCUGUUGGUGGCGUCAACGCUGCCUCGUCAUUUGCCUCGACUUCUGAUGGCAGGUAUCAGCUCAGCGCUGCUCAGGCGCCCGUCCUGAACGCCGCCAACCCCGGCAUCGACAACUGGAAGUUCACCAUCAAGGAGAAGACGGGCAAGAAGCAGACCGUCAAGGGUUUCGGCGCUGCCGUCACUGAUUCCACGGUGCUGGCAUUCAACAAGCUGUCGGCCACUGCCCGCUCUCAGCUGCUCAACGACUUGAUGACCCCCUCGGGCAUCAACUUCAGCCUUAUGCGCCACACUGUUGCCAGCUCAGAUCUUUCCGCUGACCCGGCAUACACUUUCGACGAUGGCAACGGCAGCGUUGAUACCAACCUGGUCAACUUCAACCUGGGUGACCGCGGCAAUGCCCUGGCUAGCAUGUUGGCUACUAUGCGCAAGCUGCAGCCGAACCUGACCAUCCUCGGAACGCCUUGGUCGCCCCCUGGAUGGAUGAAGCAGAACAGCAAGCUGAUUGGCGGUGGCACCGGCAGCAACAAGCUCAACCACGCAUACGAGAACGCCUAUGCCCAGUACUUUGUCAAGUACCUCCAGACCUUUGAAAAGGCUGGAGCCCACAUUGACGCCAUCACGAUCCAGAACGAGCCCCUCAACAACAAGGACGACAUGCCCACCAUGCUUGUGCAGCAGGACGAGUCUGGUGCUCUGAUCCGCGACAAGGUCGGCCCUGCUCUCCGCGCUGCCGGCCUGAGCACCCAGGUCUGGGCGUGGGACCACAACCAGGACGUCUACUCCUACCCCCAGACCGUCAUGAACAUGGCCAGCCAGUACGUCCAGGCCGCCGCGUGGCACUGCUACGCCGGCAACAACCCCAGCAACUGGACGCCCCUGACGCAGUUCCACAACGAGUUCCCCGGCAAGGAGCAGUACAUGACCGAGUGCUGGACCGCCGUCGGCACCACGGACUGGAUCCACAGCUCCAGCUUCAACAUGUUCCCGCUGCAGAACUGGGCCAACGGCGUCAUUGCCUGGACGCUCGGCUCCUACACCGGCGGCGGCCCGGCCCUCUCCGGCGGCGGCAACUGCCACCAGUGCACGGGGCUCGUCACCGUCAGCCCGGACGGCAGCAGCUACAAGAAGGAGAUUGACUACUACAUGAUGGGCCAGUUCAGCAAGUACAUCCCCAAGGGCGCCGUCGUCGUUGACGGCACGGGCAGCUACCUGUUUGACGACAACACGGGCAUGGAGGCCGUGGGCACGCUGAACCCGGACGGCACCCGCACGGUUGUCAUCCAGAACCGCUACAACAAGGACAUUUGGGUCCAGGUGGGCACCGAGUCUGAGAGCCAGACGUGGAAUGCGCGUGUGCCGGCGCUGUCUGUGACCAGCUGGGUCUUGCCCAAGGCAUAGACUUGCAGCAUGAUGAAAUGACUUAAUGCGUAUGAAUGACAGAUUGAUGGGAAGCGUUGUAUAUAUCCAGCUUCGUCAGUCCAUACUAGUCUAGUAUUUUGAGUAGCUAAGCAAUAAUACAUGGACGUGUUUGCAAUACUAUCUUACAUGCCAUCAAUACAUGAAUGAUUAAGCAUUCGCAGGAAAGAACCUAUUCUCCGGCCUCGGCAACCCCAGAUGCUCACGCAGAGUAUUCCCUUGAUACUCCUUCCGGAAGAUGCCCCGGCGCUGCAGCUCCGGCACCAGUUUCUCCACCACAUCGUCGAUUCCCUGCGGCAGAAACGGAAACGUCACGACGAAGCCGUCAGACGCCUCUUCCUUGAGCCACUUCUCCCACUCGUCGGCAACGCUCUCCGGCGUGCCUACAAAGGCCAAGCCGCCGUAUCCUCCAAACCGCUGGGCCAGUUGCCGCACAGUCAGUCCUUCCUCCUGCGCCACCCUCACGACGUUGUCUCGGCCUGUUUUGCUGGCGUUGUUGUCGCCUAGGUCAGCGGGCAGAGGCGCGUCUGGGUCGAACUUGGAAGCAUCCGUUCCGAGGGCAAUGGACAGGCUGGCAAUGGCGCUCUCAUAGUUGACGAGGCUGUCGAGCUUGAGUCGCUUCUCUUUGGCUUCUUGGACGGUAUCGCCAAU